AUGCGAUCUGUUUACCAUUUAAUCAGAAUUUCAAUAUUCCUGGACUCAAUUUUUUGUUUGGCCCCAAUGCCUCACAUCGAUUGGUGUUUAUAUUGGAGAUAUUUAAAUAAGGAUCAAUUUCGACCCGAAUGCAAUGGAGUAUACAGAUUACGGUUUGCUAAACAUAAAGCCCACGACCAUCGACCGCAAAGUGUCCCAUGGACACCAGCCCGACCAGUGCCCAGAUUUCAAUCGUACGUCGCUACGAACGCUAUAAUUCCAGCAGUGACCAAUGAGAAUGGAUUUGGCGAAUGCCGUCCGCAUCACACGAAUUGCCAACAAUCCGGACAGUGCUCGUCCGGACAGCUGUGCAUUGAUAAUAAUGGAUACUGUUGUGGAAGUACAAGAAUCAUCACAGAAUGCCCCGCCCCUUCUUCUCUAGUUGCUCAUUGCUCGUUCAGAAGGCGUCACGUCAACUGGUGCGCCUCUGACGCGGAAUGUGCUCCGCAUUUGGCUCCCCGCCAAAAUUUAUUUUUUAAUAACGAUGCGAUAAUGAUGGACAGUAUUCAG